AUGGAAAAAGGAGAAGGAAGAAACCAAACACCCAUCCUGGAAUUCAUCCUCCUAGGAUUUGGGAAUGUCCCUGAACUGCAGCCCCUUCUCUUCCUCGUGUUUCUAGUGAUCUAUGCUGUGACUGUGCUGGGGAACAUCCUCAUUCUUGUGCUAGUUGUGGCUGAUCAGCACCUUCACACCCCCAUGUACUUCUUCCUGGGGAACUUGUCCUUCCUGGAGAUCUGCUACAGCUCCACCUUGCUACCCAGGCUGCUGGCCAGUCUCCUGACUGGGGACAGAACCAUUUCUAUUAAGGGCUGCUUUGUGCAAACAUAUUUCUUUGGUAUCCUGACAGCUACAGAAUCUCUGCUGCUAGCAGCAAUGUCUUAUGAUCGGUAUUUAGCGAUAUGCAAUCCACUCCGCUAUGCUGCUCUGAUGAAUGGCAGGAUUUGUUGCCAGCUAGUCGCAGGGUCCUGGAUAAGUAGCUUUCUAGCCUGCACCACAAUAAAUAUUUUCUUGUUCAAAUCAAAGUUUUGUGAUUCAAAAGAAAUUGACCAUUUCUUUUGUGAUUUUUCACCGGUGAUAAAGCUGUCCUGUGGCGACACCCAGGCUGUGCAACUGCUGACAUUUAUUGUCUCUGCCAUAGGGACAUUUGUGCCCUGUCUACUGGUCCUGACAUCCUACAUUCGUAUCAUCGCCACCAUCCUGAGAAUCCCGUCCACCACAGGGAGACAAAAGGCCUUUUCCACCUGCUCCUCUCACCUCAUUGUGGUUAUAGUUUAUUAUGGGACGCUGAUUACUGUCUAUGUGGUUCCAACAGCCGACAGUCACAAGGUCCUACACAAACUAGUCUCUGUCUUCUACACAGUCCUGACUCCCAUGAUCAAUCCUGUCAUCUACAGCCUGAGAAACAAGGAGGUCAAUGAGGCCCUGAGAAAAGCUAUUCUUAAACUAGUUGCUUUCAGAAACAGGCAUAGAACCUUAAACGACAAUUUUUAG